UUAUCUGCCAUCAGCAGACCGCGUUUUCGGUUUCCUGUGGUCCGUUUAGAAGUGGAUUGAGUUUGGUACUGUAGUCCUACUGAGGCCUCUACUCUCCUCUAUUGACUUUAAAACAACCGCACACCAAACAAUAUUGCUAGCAAUUAUGUCCUAAGCUGUCUCCUGCUAAUUCACCAGUGUUGGUCAAUUUGUUUUUCUUUUUAUUUAGAUAGGUAGUGUUUUACUUAGUUAGAUCAUUCUAGCUUGCAGAGUACUCUGUAUAUCAUACAGAUUAAUGACUUAAAUGAUCACACAAAGCGAAGGUUUUAAGGUGAUCACUGAAUAACAGUGAAGUAAUUACUUAGAUGUCCUGAUUGUAAAACCCUGUUUCGAACGAGGUCAGCUACCUACUGGACGGCUGGGUCAGAUACGAGAAGGUCACAAACAGAUAGUUCAUUUUUGUAUCCCAAACUUGCGACACAUUAAGCAGCGAACUAUCAAAGAAAAGUUUUUGAUAAAGUAUAUUGAUUAAAAAAUUAAAAACUCGUUCUAAAUUAAAACAAAUAUGAUACUAGAUUUCUUACCUUGCCAGAGAAAUUUCAAUUUUGAGUAAGUGCUUUCAUUAAAAUUUUUAAUUUUUUCAGGACUGAAAAUACCCGAACUACUGUUACUUUUAUUAAGAAACAGAAUUUUUUUAGUUCUUUACUUGUUAUUGUUAGGAACUGUUACGUAUUUUGAUUGUUAUUAUAUAUUGAUUGUUACGUAUAUUGUCAGGUUAAUAAGUAUUUACAAUCAUUAUCUUGUUGCAGGUUUAAUUAUCGGCGGUUGUGAACAGGGUAGUGUGGACGUUGUUGAAGACUCAACUCGCUCUUUUACAUUUGAGCCAUACCAGUACAAUCCAGUACAAAUUACGGCUCAUAAUGACAAGAUGGAAACCAUUUUCUUUUGUUCUUGCUUUAAACUCGACUGUACAGCUUAUAACAACACGUUUAAAUUGUUUAAACUCUAUUAUUCUGUAACGAACAAUAAUUAUAUUUUACAAGUGAGCGGGAUCACGAGGAACUCAGCUCGUACCUUGUCUUUCAGCGAUUCCUUGAAUUACGCACGGUGUGAAUUUAGAAUAAUUGUGGCGCCGGUGUAUUCACCUGGUGACUGCAGGGUAAGUAUUUCAAACUGGAUGGUGAUUGGAAGCUGCACAGUGAAAAGAAUGUUUUCUUCAGACAACAACUACACGUGCAAAUGGAGGGACAAUGAAAACAACGAGGAAUUCGGGGGUUUUGGAACCACGCUGAGGAAUUACACUGCUGUGAACUCAAGGACUUAUACUAAAGGAGUUUGCUCUUUUGCAAAACCAAUUCCCACAACUAAAGGCUAUUAUACGUACAGUGUAAGCGUAUCACCCGGUGCUGAUGAUUACUUCAAUAAAGAAGUAUAUAUAGCUGCGCCAUAUGUGGUAAAACUCAACCACAGUUGUCCUGAGUAUGUAUUUGAGGGCUCAGAUGUAAGAUGUACAUGCUGUGCUUCAAGACACAUAAAUCCACCAGCACUUCUAGUGUGGGAAGGAAUGAAUAACGCAACUCUUCUGCUCCAAAAUGUAAACCGGCGAUUAAACAAACAACAAUUCACAUGUCGACUAGAGUGGCACCCAGACGGCUCCCUUAAAGAAAGCAUUUCUUACAAACUCACCGUUGCUUAUGGACCCUUAAAUGUUGUGAUCACCAACAAUGAAAAGAAGACAGAAGAUGAGUCAGAGAUGAUAAGUUUAACCUGCACAGCGACUGAUGUUUAUCCCUCCGCAGCUUUUCAAUGGAAUGUCACGUGUUCUAAUCAGACUGACUCUUGGAAUUCCAGUACAUGUUUCUUCAACUUCACUCAGAAGUUUGAAAGUAUUUCGAUAUUAUGUACAGCUAGCAACACAUAUUUUCAUCAAGAGUAUGCUUCAAAUGUCUACGUUCUUUCUUCUUCUGAAAGCCAGCAAGCGAGCACAGGUGGACCUAAUGCCGGGUUAAUUGGUGGUGUUAUUGCAGCUGUACUUGUUGUACUCAUCAUAGUUGGAGUCUUGAUUGUGUACAUCAUCAGACGAAGAAAAGGGACACUAGACAGAGAGAGAGGUUUCUUUGGAUUUGUUUCUGGCGCCCGCAAACAUUAUCAGAAGGAAACAGCUAUGCCAGUGCCAUACGCUGUCGUCAAUAAGCCACAGAGACAGACGCCAAUCAGACGAGAAGCAGGUCCUUCAGGUGACAUGUACACAAUCACUAACACAACCAGUUCCGGUCACGUGGUAGAUGUCUAUGCGGCGGUCUGUAAAACCUCCAUCAACAACACCGGUGGAACAGAGAGUGAUGGCGCUCACCAGACAACUCAAAAGACGCAGCAAACAACAACAGCAUCGAAACAAACAACAAAGCCAACGCUAAAUCUAAACAACAAGAACGUCCAAGAUUUGCAUGACACAGGUUACAUGAAUGUCACUGAGGUGCCGACUGACUCUGGUUUGGGUGUGUAUCAUGUUGUUCCCUGGGCAACAAUGUCUGGAUCACCUCUACCGGACACAAACGAAUAUUCAUUACCGGCAAUUUCUGAAGAUGAGUACAAUGAACUACAUUUUGAAGAGGAUCGAACUGGACAAGAGGACCAAGCCGAUAACUACCACCAUCUUCAAAUCACAUAACAUCUUUUUCUGUGAUAUUUUAAUCUGCUGCUGAACUUACUUUUAUUCUCUUCCUUACACUGUCUUUAGCAAGACUCUCGUAAAAUAAAUAAUACAAUCUCAUUAUUGACAGCUGCCAUUGUUAUAAUAAGUCUCAUCCUCCGAUUAAUGAUGAACAAGCAAAUAUAGUCAUGAGAAGUAUUUUUAGCGACAUCAACUAUUAUUAUUUACGUUCAAAAGCCUGCAUACAUGAUCAUCAGUGGGUUUUUUUUCUCUCUCAGCUUUGCCAUUCGUAUUUGUCCUUCGCUGAAAGUUUCAUCUCUUUCUUUAAUCUCUUGGAACCACAACCUCUCAGCAAGGAACAAAAACAGUAAUGUUUUCAUUGUUAAUAUUUGUUUCAAGAUAACCAGAACCAAGCGUAAGAACUUAAAAGUUUCCAGUAACCACCAAAGACAAAAAGAAAUCCUUAUUAAUCAUAAUCAUGUGUUUGCAUAAAAAUUUUUAGUUUCGGUCUGGUGGCAGAUACGCGAUGCCUGAAUGCAGAAUGAAUAGUCGCUGGAACUUUUCUGUUGCACAAGACAUUUAGUUAAUCAACUCAUAAUGUUGUGAUAACAUGACAUGAUAUAAUAUAGUGCACCAUUUGCAUCUAAUGUUGUUUCAGAUCACGUGUCUAUUUUUUUAUGUAUAAUGUAAUUAGACUCAUCAUGUUUUUAUGAGUUUAUUUGUAUAUUGCUUGUCCAUAUGCAAUUAUAAAUCUUACUUGUAAUAUUGCUCUGUAUUAUACUGCACACAACAUUAUAAAUGGAAUGUCGGAGUGCCAAAAAAAGGUGGGAACGACAGAAAAGACAGUGAGAAAGAUACACGUAUUCAUACACUAAGAAAGAGAAAACGUAAGAAACUGGUUAAUUAAAAAGUAAGCAAUAUGAAUUACAUGACAGCCAGUUUUUAUUUUAUGUUUUUUGUGUUAUUUUUAAAAGUUUAUGUAAGAUU